CAUGUUUGCAGUUCCUCACUUGGCCGCAGAAACGAGAUGGCGUCAAAGUUUCAUAUGGUGUAGAAUAGCGAGCCAACUAUGUUUUUUGGUGUAAAAUGGCUUGUCAUAGUCUUGUAUCUAUGCUCUUGAACAAGAAGAGACUCAGUCCAGGCAUAUUUCAGCCGGCAUUUCUUCUGUCGAAAUAACAGGACUGUACCAGACUUUGGAUGGAGUCAGCAUCCCGUUUGUCUUUUUGUGCCGUCACAACAAGUGACUGCACGUUGACGCAUCAGUGGGACCACAGACAGGACAACAAUGGUCAAGUACUUUACUACCAAAUGUGACAUUAAUGCCGCCUGGGAUCAUGUCGUGUCGGCAUUUUGGCAGCGCUAUCCCAAUCCCUUCAGCACUCACGUUCUCACGGAGGACGUCGUGUACCGCGAAGUGACCACAGACCACAGGCUCCUCUCCAGACGUCUGCUCACCAAGACCAACCGGCUGCCUCGAUGGGCCGAGCGCUUCUUCCCUGCUGGAAUGUCGCGCUCCGUGUACAUUGUGGAGGACACCAUCGUGGACCCGAUCAGCCGCAGUCUGACAACCUAUACGUGGAACCUCAACCACACAACUCUCAUGUCUGUGGAGGAGCGAUGUGUUUUCCGAGACUCGGCAGAACAGCCGGGCGUCACCCAGCUGAAACGAGAGGCCUGGAUCACCUCCGGCAUUUACGGCUUCUCCAGACCCAUCCAGGAGUUUGGAUUGGCGCGCUUCAAAAGCAACCAAGUGAGAGCCAUGAAAGGACUGGAAUACGCGCUGUCGAACCUUCAAGGAGAGACGCUGCAACGGCUGCUUCGGGGAUCGGUGAAGGAAACCUCCGAUGUGGCGAUGGGAGCCCCUCAGAGCCUGACCUCUACCGCUUCGACCACGCAGAACCCGCAGCAUUACGUCUGACGGAGGAGUGAUUGAAGGAUCACAAAACCUCUCUUCUCCUUCGUCAUCCAGUUUGAAGGGUCUGGAAGGUUUGGACCAGCAGCGCAUUUCACCGCGGCAACCAUCAUUUCAGCACAGUAUCAUAAGCUACAAUUUUCUCUUUUGAUGGUGAAUGAUCAUUCUUCCUUCGUACUUUGUGAUAUUGUUUCCCCACUUUUGAAUGUCUUAAAAAAACAAACACAUCUGACGUCACAAAAGCAUGCGGCGACGGCAAUCAACCCGCACGCAAAGUCGUUUGCUCAUUAUUUACUUAUGCCUGAAAAAAACACUUUCGCCGAGUGGCUGUCCAAGGCUGGAAUCCUUUUUACACAGCACGAGAAAAAAGUGAAAAAUGAUGCACACGGGCGACGGUCCUGGUGCAUCGAGGCCUGCUGAUGUCAUUACGAUGGCACAUAUCAAUGACUGCAAAGAUGUAAUGGUCACAGGCAAAAUUGUUGCUGGUCAUGACCGGUUUUGCAAAUGAAUUAUGUUUGUGUAGGCUAUUUAGGGUAUUGAGAAUCUACUGUCGAUCGACUUGGUCUUUUCUUUCAUCUUGCCCUUUUAAUAAAAGUGGGUCAUUUUUGGAGGUUUCGUGUUGGGGCUGAAAUGCUUUAAAAACGCUGGAAUUUCGAUGUUGGUCAAUGUUUAAAAAGGUGUUCAGUUUUUCACAAGGAUUAAUGUCAUGUAUUUCUUUCACAGUAAAAAAAAAAUUGAGGGAGAAAUUGAAUAAAAUGUGCAUACAUA